AUGGACUCUCGAUCAAGGUUGAAGAGAGGACAGUCUAAGGGCAGCUGGUCUGACGAAGUCAAGAUUGAAGAGACGCCCUCCAAGAAAAACAAGACCUCGCCCACUCAGCCGCAGCGAACUGGGCUGGCAACACCCUCCUCGCCGCAGCUCACUGACGCGAGCACCCCGAGCGAUGACCUCGCUUCACUGCUCUACUCUCCUCGGGUGACCGCAAAGAUUUGGGGCAUCGCCCAGCAGGGCUUCAACUCACCCAACCCUCCGACCCUCUUUCCCGAAUACACCAAGCCAGGCGGCACCAAAUAUGUCUACCGUGAACUAGACUUCUGGACCAGUGGCUUCUUCCCUGGAUCCCUCUACUUGCUCCUCGAACGCCAGCAGAAAUACAGUCACCGGCUUCGUACGCUCCUCUCUAGCGUCGGCGGAUCCGCAGACCAACAGGACCCUGAACCACAUCCAUUACAGCUUGAAUUCGCCUGCAAAUGGUGGACCGAGACCCUCCAUACCAACGCCCUCCUCACCAACACGCACGACCUCGGCUUCAUGAUCUGCCCCUGGGCCCGGCCGGCUUGGGACCUCCGCCGUGACGCCCGCGCGUACGAGACAACCCUGACGGCGGCACGGUCUCUCUACAGCCGCUACGACGUCAAAGUUGGCAGUUUGCGGUCCUGGGAUGUCUGCAUCACGAAGCGCUACUCUUUCUUGACGCCCAACGACGGCAUCCUCGUCAUCAUUGACAAUAUGAUGAACCUCGACCUGCUCUUUUGGGCCGCUGCUCAGCUUGGUGACGCCGCAAUGCACGCCGCCGCGAUUCAGCACGCGCGUACAACUCAGAUGUACCACAUCCGCGAGGACUCGUCGACGUGCCACGUCGUCGUCUUUGAGCCCGAGACGGGCGCGUUCCGCGCGCGCAUUACCAACCAGGGUCACGCGGAUGGGUCGGCGUGGACGCGCGGGCAAGCGUGGGCUAUUGCUGGUUUCGCGCAGACGUACGGAUGGACCCGCGAAGUCGAGUUUCUGGACACGGCUGUCGCGUGCGCAGAGUACUUCCUGGCCGAGCUGCCGGUGACUCGUAUCCCGCCUUGGGAUUUCAGGGCACCGGGGGAAGGCCCGCAGCCCACGGACACAAGCGCUGCUGUGAUUGCUGCGUACGGCUUUUUGCUGAUCCAUGAGGCUUUCGUUGCCCUGGGGAAGGGAUCAGGGUAUCUGGAGCAUGCGUUAAGCAUCGUGCGUGCAGUGGCGAGUAAGCACACAACUGGACCAAGCGCCUAUCACAGGACGAACAGGAAGAUUCAGACAGUGGAACAGGGCGAAGUAACUGAAACUGCAGGGAUCGAAGUUGAUAUGGGGACAGAGUGCGAGACGAUCCUGGGAGGCGCCACGAUCAACAACUAUGAGUUUGCGCCGCGACGUUGGGCAAACCACGGUUUGGUCUAUGCGGAUUACUAUUUCUUGCUGUUCGGCAACAAACUGUUAGAGAUGGGGCUGGACGUGAAGUUGAUGGGCGGUGUCUAA